AUGAGUAUGGGCACCGUCGUGUAUUCAAAAGACAUGCCGGUGUGGAUGAAAACCGCUUUCAUUGAGACCUUUGCUUCAUUCCCGGACAUCACUUUUAUUUGGAAGUAUGAAAAGCCUGAUGACGAUAUUUUCAAGAAUGUUCCUAACGUUUAUCCAAUGGAGUGGAUUCCGCAGACGGACUUACUUGCACCUAACUUGCCAGCGGACGAUCGAAUAUCACUGUUCAUCACACAUGGCGGCAUGAAUUCUAUACUAGAAUCCAUGAACUAUGGAAAGCCGAUGGUCGUCUUGCCUUUAUUUGCCGAUCAACAGAUGAAUGCGCAAGCCGUUAAACGACGUGGUCUCGGUAUUGUUCUUGAGAAGCACUUGAUUACAAAGGAUGUACUGAUUGCAGCCAUUAAUAGAGGACUGAACGAUAGGUGA